AAUCACAGCACCUGUAGUCUUUGCCAAACGUCAUGAAUUCUUACAUAAUUCUGUGCAUAACUCGUGAUAUUACGACAAAAUGAAAAGGUAGAGUGAUUCGCCUGGUUUCUUCCAUUGACAGGAACAGGUAUGUGCCACUGUCGAAGUCAAAUUUCCGAAGUGUCCCUCAGCACAAACUUAUGGGAAAAUGGCUCAUCUACGAUUUAUUUAAGAGUGCACCAAAGAGCUGAAAGCAAUUAGAUAAGGCGCCGAGUAUGAACGCCUCUUCAACUGCUGUGAAUUCAUCAAUGUCUGCAAACGCUUCCACAGUGCAGGCUCCAUUCUCGUACCCAUCAAGUAUUAAACUCACCUUCGCCAUCUUAUACACUGCAAUCAUUUCAGUGGCCUUGGUUGGAAACAUUUUGGUGAUCUAUAUACUAUACAAGAGGCCAGAAACCAGAAGAUUAACAAGCUUCAUGUACGUCAACCUCGCUGUGGCCGACCUGCUCGUAACAGUUGUUGUCAUGCCUCAGUCGAUGGAACUAAUCAUUUUGGACAAUCUGUGGAUCGAUGGAACAUUUGGUGAAUUCUUCGCCAAGCUCAUCAUGUUUGUUUUUUACGUGGCGGUCACAGCGUCCGUCUUCUCUCUAACAGCCGUGGCUUUUGACUUCUUCUUCGGGAUUGUCUUUCCCAUGCAAAAGUUCCCUCGCUUUAGGAACAAAAAGAUCUUGGUUCCCACAAUUUGGAUCAUCUCAAUGUGUCUAAUGGCCCCAUGGCUGGUCAUAAUCAAAGUUAAGAACUCCAGGAUAGAAUUUAAGUUUAGUCAGUUUGGCGAGACUCAGGCGGCCUUAAGAGGUGUGUUCCUUUACCUCGUAGUCACCAUCUACUUACUGCCUGUAGUUACCAUUUGUGUCCUCUAUGGGUAUGUUUGUUACACGCUUCAGAAGCAUAAACUACCGGGAGUUGAAAUCAAAAAUUGCGCAAGAAAUCGCACCAACGCUACCAAGCGCAAGGCGAUAAACAUGUCAAUCGCUGUCGUUGUUGCUUUUGCUCUUUGCUGGCUUCCAGCGCACGCGCAUCAUAUGAUUCUGGCCAUAGACUUCAAACUGAGUCUAUCCCUGCCAUAUUAUUUCAUGCUGUUAUCCUAUUGGCUUGGACAUGCAAACAGCGUUGUCAACCCCUGGCUCCUGAUAUACUUUAGGAAGAAAUUUAGAGCCGAGUUUCGGAGAAUGAUAUCUUACCCAUUAAUGAGAAUCUCAUUCUUGAGUAAAACAAAUGGGAGCGUAGGGAGUGAGGCCAAACAGCCAAUACUGGAUCGAACUGUCCAGUCUACUGUUGUAUACCAGUUUACAAGUGCUGUGUAGAGAUAAUUUUGCAGUAAACAGUAUUCAUUCUAGUCAUUGCAUAAACACAGUUAAAAGGAAUCUUAACUUAUUUUGUUUAGCAUCAUUUAUCACAAUGGCUUUUACCAUGAUUGUUGUCAUUAUACCUAUGAUAACGUACUUUAAGACAUCCGUCAGCUAGAAACCAAACCAAACCACGAACCUGUAGCACUAAAGGAUUAUUGUUGUAACUAUUACCAUUAGUUAUUAUUGCAGCAUUAAGAUUUUAAUUUUUUUCAUCAUCAUUAUCCUUACUAACAUUAUGAUUUAUUUAUUUCAAAAGUAGAUGUGUUUUGCUAAAUUCCAAAUGCAACGAAGUAGUCCCUUUUUUUUUGGGCAGCUUUUGGAAGACGAAAUCUGAAAAAUACCACUCCCUUCUGAGUCCACGUCCUUUCAAGUAUCAACAAUUGUAUAUAAUGUUCUUACUACAGCUUAAGUCCAUGAAAUAAUACACGAACAAAAUGAC